GUAAGAAUGAACUUCAUAAAAAACAUCAUCUUCAUUUCUACAAUUGCUGUUGUGGUAUCAGUCGCUGAAAGUUCAAAAAAUGAUGUUUCCCAUAUCUUUGUACAACGAUUAAAACCAUACAUUUGUUAUAAAAAUGAAGUGUGCGAUUUGUCAACCAUCGAUUCUUGGUACAUUGAAGAAUUCAAAUACUGGGUCCAAAACAAAACCUAUUUAUGCCGCAACAACUAUGAUCAAUUUCAUAAAGACAUAUCACCAAUUAGUGAAACAUUGACGAAAAAAUGGGGUCUUGAAGGCUAUACACGACCUGGACCUAUUGAAAAUUUGCACUUAAAAUGGAGAAACGAUGGAAUUUGUGCCGAUGAAUUGGAAUAUUUCCACAAGUCUCUUGAGUUGUUUGAUAAGUAUAACAUGAAUCAAAUUUUGCGUGAAAAUAACAUUUUGCCCAAUAAUAAUUACACUGCUCAAGCAAUAUCUGACGCUGUUUCAAAGGGUAUAGGAAACAAAAAACCAAAAGUUGAAUGUUUUGAUAAUAAUGGGGAUAUACAAUUACAAAAGAUUACACUUUACUUCAAUAAAUUUUUUGAACCGAUAGAUAGUGUUAGAAGUUUUGCGAACUGUGAGCCAGAUGCAAUUUUACUUUACCGUGACCACACAAAGAAGGAAUAUGAAUAUUCAUCAAGUGCAUUUCAUUCACAUAUUUCUACUUGA